UAUGUCAGCAUGUGCUGAAGUUAAAGAUGACAUUGAUCACACUCAUAAUUGAUCAAUCUGCAAUUUGUGAUGUCGGCACUUCCUUAAAACUGGGCGGUGGUAAAACUACACCGCUAUAUAAACAGCCCUUCACGGAUGCUGUACAUCAACAAUUUUCUUCAGCAACGAGGUAAAUGAGCUCGCACUGAAAAAUACACGACCAGUUUUCUUGACCAGAGAAUCUCACCUUAACCAACGUCACAAUGACUAAGGACACCGAGGUGGACAUGAAGGACGUGGAGUUGAAUGAGAUGGACCAGGAGAAGCGGCCAAUAACUGGCGGGGCAGGGAACGGAGAGGCCGGUUCUCCCACCGGCACGGAGAAGAACGGCAGCAUUAAAGUGAAAAUCCCUGAGGAGAUUGAGACUAAAUUUACCGGUCUAUCCAAAGAGGAACUCCUCAGAGUUGCUGGAACACCUGCGUGGGUCCGUACACGAUGGGCCCUUCUGAUUCUGUUCUGGCUGGGCUGGCUGGGGAUGCUGGCUGGCGCUGUGGCCAUCAUUGUUCAAGCACCUCGCUGCAAAGACCUUCCUGCCAUGAACUGGUGGAAUUAUGGACCUCUGUACCAAAUUGGAGAUGUGCAAGCUUUCAGCGAGUCCCAGAAUCUGAAGGGCGUGGAGGAGAAGCUUGACAGUCUGAGCCAGCUGAAGGUGAAGGGACUUGUGGUUGGGCCCAUCCAUGUUGCCCCCGCAGACAACCCUGUCGGCCUGAAGUUUGUGGAGAUCUCCUCUGACGCUGGCAAUCUGGAACAGUUCAAAGGCCUCAUUACAGCUGCGCACAAGAAGAGCAUCAAUGUGAUCCUGGAUCUGACUCCCAACUAUCUGGGAAGCGGACCAUGGUUCUCUAACGUCAGUGUCACCGACGUUGCUGAGAGACUCAAGUCUGCCCUGGUGUUCUGGCUGAACCAAGGUGUGGAUGGGAUCCAGCUGUCUGGUGUAGAGCGCGUGGCCAGCGUGGUUCCGUCUCUUUGGGCUGACAUUAGAGCCAUUGUCCAGAAUGGGACUGCGGAAGGAAAGAGAAGGAUUCUGAUUGGAGUGACUGCGAAGACCUCUGCUGUUGACGUCUCUGAACUGCUGAACUCCACUGGGGUGGACCUACUCCUAUCCGGGGCCCUCCGGUCUAAGACCAUGACCGCUUUGGAUCGUGCUCAGACUGUCCAGCAGCUGCUUUCCUCCCACAACCAGACCCAGCUAGCCUGGAACAUUGGGGACAGGAAGGAGGGUCACCUGGCCACACUGGUGGGCCCAGACAUGGUUAACUUCAACCAGAUGCUCUUGCUCACGCUGCCCGGAACCCCAGUGUUCAACUAUGGGGAUGAGAUUGCCCUGGCUGAUGAGUAUACAAAGUCCCCUAAGAUGCUGUGGGAUUCCCUGGAGGAUGAGGAGACAAAUGGAACUGCUACGAAGGAGAAAGAACAGAGGCUCGCCUGCCGUUCCUUCUUCAAGACACUGAGUGACCUGCGUGGGAGAGAGCGUUCCCUGCAGCAUGGGGACUACAUUCCCCUUUUCAACUCCACCUCUGCCCUGGCCUACCUCCGCCAGUGGGACCAGAGUGGGCGCUACAUCGCUGCCUUCAACUGGGGCAGCGACGUGGUGACCCUUCAGCUGGCCCACCCUGACCGGCCUACUCAGGCUGUGGUCCAGGUGAGCACAGACAAGGCCAACCUGGCCCCCGACAGUGCUGUGGGGCUCUCUGCACUGGAGUUGGGCCCAGGAAAGGCUGUCCUGCUACAGUUCCCCUACGUAGCCUAGAGAGGGGGGAGAUCCCAGCACCAUCUGUAUGUGGGCAUUGAUGUGAAAGUAGUUGUCUCUCUGUGGUGACCAUUUUAAAAUCACUUAUGAUUGGAUUUUUUUUAGGGCAUUCUGUUUUUUAUGUCUGAAAAAUAGUUAGUCACACUGGUAAUGGUCAGAAUUUUAGCUUAGAAAAUAGUAACUGCUGUGAAUUAUGUAUUCUAGAAUACGGUAUUGGUCUGACAUACAAACGCAAAUGUCCUCAUCGCAAGCACCAGUCAAGCCUCAACAACAAUCUGUCUAUCUUGCUGUUACUGAAAAUACAUUCCAGAUUGAAUUGAGCAUUUUAAAAUGUGUAUUUUAUUGGCCAUUUUUUAAGUUUAUUUUUUUUGGGGGGGGGCUUGGUUCGUCUCUUACUGAAAUGUUGUAAUUGUGUUCAAAAGUAAUGCUCCUUUCUCACGUUUCAAGAAUUCUCUGAUUGCUUUUGCAGCUGAGGGAAGUGUAAAACACAUCAAAGGUGGAGGGGCUGAAACUCUUUCCUCAUACUAAAUUGGCAUGAUAAACAGGGAAAUAAAUAAAACUGAAUACAACCUUUA